CGGCCUCCCACCACAGGCGGGAGCUACGAACAGAAAUAGCACCGGGAGUCGAGAGGGUUCCUCAGUUCUAAACCGACCUUAAACCCAACGACACUUAUAUGAAAGCCGGCGCAAGCCAUGGGAGCAGUUUGGAGUAGGGAGGUCCACGAAGAGUCCGACGGGCCGUUGGAAAACCCGGCCCCGGACGACUACGAGGAACGUAAAAAGACCAGGAUAGAAGAGAUGGAGAGGUUCAAAGAGGAACUGAGGAAAAAGAGGGAGGCAAGACACGACGCGAUCCAGUCGCUCAAUACCAGGAUCGCCCAGUUGACAGAGGAGAACGAAAGGGUCAAAAAAGAAAACGAAACUUUAAAACAUAAACUAGACUGCGAGGAAUCAGUCGAAAUCGAUUCGGAAAAGAAAGAAGAACUCGAAGAACUCGAGAGGCAGAUCAAAGCGCUCAAAGAUGUCGCGAUAAUCGGAGGUGACAUGCUGAAAAUCAGAGAACAGCAGGUAAACGAGCUGAAGGCGAAACUCGCCGCCAUCGAGGAAACGGGCUUGCAGUACGAGAAGGAAGUCGAGAACAUGCGAAGGCUCCGGGACUUGUACGAAGAGAGGUCGAGAGCGGUGGCCAUCAGUCACCAGAUGGAGAUUGAGAGGGAGAGGGCCAGGGUGGUCGCGUCUGACUCGAGGAAAGAGAUCGCGGAACAGCAGAUCGCCAUCGUCGAAGAAAGGAACAAAGAGCUCGAGGAGAGGGUGUCCACACUGGACACGGCUCUCGACGCCGCCAAAGCCGAGAUCAGCGACUUGAAACUCCAGCUAGCCGGAAAGUCCGAAGACCUUUAUAACGUCUCUGCCCAGAUGGACAUCGUUAACCAGCUGUUCGGUCAAGUACUCUCUCCCGGGGAUAGCGUUGGGAGAGUGACCAGGGUUUUGGAAGAGCACCACGAUUUGGUGAACCAUUUGACGGCUUCGGGUAAGAUCAACGACCUGGCGAGCACUCUGCUCAACCUGGCUGAGAACAAAGACCUUCCCAACGCGGAACAAGCGGAAGACGACGUAGCCAGCCACCUGAGCAAAGUCUGGAAGCUGCUCGUCGAACUCCUAGGCCAUCAUGUUAAACACGCCCCGGAGGACGUUCCGCCAGAUAGCUGUUACAAGAGCGUCGAGACGCCGUCUGGACCCAAGCUGGUCAUCAGCGUCAGUCAGACCUUCCUCCGCCUCAAGGACCUCAUCCUCGAGAAGAACUCCCUCGUCAAGGAAGUCGGCAGGCUCAAGGACCUCAACACAACCCUCGAGCACAGGCUCGUGGAGCAGGAGAGUAGGCUGGCCGUCGUCGCAGCCGAGCUCCACACCACCUGGGGCGUUGUCAACAAGCUCAAAUCCCAACACAAACAGCUCCAUACGCACGAGAAGGUCCUUCGGUAUGAGCUAGCCCAGAAGAGGAACAUGCUCAAAGACCUCAAAAGGGAGCUGGAAGAGUGCAAGGAAAAUUGGGCCCUCGCACGUGCCAAAAAUACCAAAACGGAAGAAGACUGGAAAGUCCUCAGAACGGAAUUCGCCUCGAGAAAACAGCAGAUUAGUUCGGCCGAGAGCGGCUACGAAGAAUCUCCUUCCGACUCGCAAGACGAAGAAGACAAUUGGAAAGAGAAGGAAAAAAGCCCUAUAGUCGAGGAAGAAGACCCGUGUAAAGUCCUCGCCUGGGAUGACGGGUGCGAAGAGCCCAAACAGCCAGAGCACGUUAAGGAAGAAGAAAAAGAAGACAAAGUCGAGAAAGAACCUGCAAAGCCGAGGACGGCAGAAGAGAUCCUGGAUGCGAGGCAGGCCAGGCUCCAGCGGCUGGAAGAACAGUGCAAAGGCCUUUUCAGCAAGAUGAGCCAGACGUCUCAAAGGAGCGACAUCAUCUCAAGCAGGCUAGUCGAACUGCACGAGCAGUACGGCGACGACAGGAAGCCGAAAGCGGAAAAGGGCGACGAGAUGGAUGACGCCGCGGCUGGACGAACUUUGAAGGUUGACACGACGGAAGAUGCAGCGGCUGCACAGACCUCAAAAGCCGAUGAGAUGGAAGAUGCCAUCACUGGACGAAUUGCAAAAACUGAUGCGAUUGAUGAUGCCAUCACUGGACGAAUUUUAACUGAAGCAAUUGAUGAUACCACGGCUGGACGAACGACAGCCGACGAGACCUCGACGUAACAAAACCGCCAUGUCUUCAUUUUUGUUCCUAUCUCGUCCAGCCUGGACAAUUCAAAAGACAAGAAGUAAA